CGUCUCUCUCUCUCUUGUCUCACACUACGACUCGAAGGUCCUCCUCUCUGCUUUCCAUGAGAACAGAAACUUUCUCACUCCGGGUUUUCUGUUUCGGCUGAAGGGAAAUUUCCUCUCGUCUUCUCUUCAGAAAUCGAAGGAGGGCCUCCGUCCUCUCCCUCCCCCCUCCCCCAGCACUACCAUCGCGCAGAUCGGAUUGCGACGACGAUCGAUCCCUCGCUGCUGUCGCCAUCGGGAGUCGAUCCUCGCGCAGCUCCGAAGAAGUCUGCGGGGACGAUUCCGUCGAAGCAGAGGUUUUUGGCGAGCCGGGAAGGUGGACCCGGCAUUGUGGUUAGUCGACGACGACGCGCCAAUUUUUUGACUGUCGUGCUUGGCGUCUCCUUCGCUGGAUCUGCCGGAAGAAAAGAAUAACAAAGGAAAUGCAGUCGUGUGUCGAUUGAAUUUCGUUUCUUGUGAGGGGAAAAAAGUGGUGAUGGGCUUGAGACGGAUGAUUAUGUCUGCGUCAAUUUGGUCGAAUUGUUAUGGAACGUUGCUUCUUGAGAUGUAGAGUCAUGUAUGUAGCUCUGGGCUGCUUUGCCGUUUGCCUAAAUUGUCUGAGUAGUGAAUUGGAGGGUUAGAUCUGCGGUCACUGUUGACCAUCCUGUCAUUGAGUUUUUUCUUGAAUCUUCCCUGAGUGGCUGUUACUGCGUACCUCCCACGUUGUUAUUGGUUGCUGAUAUCGAGCUGGAUCUGCGAGUGGUUCUGAUUGUGAGCAAGUAAUGACAAUUUCUGGAGCUCUGGACCUUUUGCAAUAGCAGUUUUGCUUACAUUCACAUACUAAGUCCCAUCAAAAUGGGCCGUAUGAAGAUGCCGCCUGGAAUUAACGCAAUUGAGGAAGAACCUGAGGAUUAUGACUCCCCCUUUGCUAACAAGGCUACUUUAGGAUGCGUGAUCAACACAGAAAUAGCUGCAGUCUUGGCUGUCAUGAGGAGAAAUGUAAGAUGGGGUGGUCGUUAUAUGUCGGGAGAUGACCAACUGGAGCACUCUCUAAUCCAAUCUUUGAAGGCACUACGGAAGCAGAUUUUUUCUUGGCAGCACCAGUGGCAUACUGUCAACCCUAUCUUGUAUCUCCAACCGUUUCUAGAUGUCAUUCGAUCAGAUGAAACAGGUGCACCUAUCACUGGUGUCGCAUUGUCAUCUGUUUAUAAGAUCUUGACUUUAGAUGUGAUUGAUCAGACCACAGCUAAUGUAGAGGAUGCAAUGCACUUAAUUGUGGACUCUGUGACUAGCUGCCGAUUUGAGGUGACUGAUCCUGCAUCAGAAGAAGUAGUACUGAUGAAAAUACUUCAAGUUCUUCUGGCUUGUAUGAAAAGCAAGGCAUCAGUUAUGCUGAGUAAUCAACAUGUGUGCACAAUAGUUAACACUUGUUUCCGUAUAGUACAUCAAGCUGGUAGCAAAGGUGAGUUGCUUCAGCGGAUAGCCCGCCACACGAUGCAUGAACUUGUUCGUUGCAUUUUCUUACACCUUCCAGAUGUGGACAACACAGAGCAUGCGUUGGUUAAUGGAGGCAAUAAGGUGAAGCAAGAGGUUCGUGGACCAGACAGUGAAUAUGCUUUUGGGACUCAACAAUUAGAUAAUGGCAACAGUGGUUCAGAACUUGAUGGUCAACUAUCCUCUGGAAGUUUUACUUCCAAUUCAUCAACAACUCCAAUCUCUGGUAUGAUGGAUGAAUUUGGAGCUGGUGCAGGGAAGGAUGCAGUUCCGGUUGAUCUGCAAAUGAUGACAGAGCCUUAUGGUGUCCCUUCCCUGGUGGAGAUAUUUCAUUUCUUGUGUUCUCUCUUAAAUCUUUUUGAGCACACGGGAAUGGGCCCUCGAUCAAAUACCAUAGCAUUUGAUGAAGAUGUGCCACUUUUUGCACUUGGUUUGAUUAAUUCAGCUAUUGAGUUGGGUGGGCCAUCGAUACGCCGCCACCCGAGAUUGUUGAGUUUGGUCCAGGAUGAACUCUUUAGAAAUCUAAUGCAGUUUGGCUUGUCUAUGAGUCCACUCAUUCUUUCCAUGGUCUGUAGCAUUGUCCUGAAUCUGUAUCAGCAUCUUCGUACCGAACUCAAACUGCAGCUCGAGGCUUUCUUCUCCUGUGUGAUUCUGAGGCUUGCACAAAGUAGAUAUGGUGCUUCUUACCAGCAGCAGGAGGUUGCCAUGGAGGCUCUUGUCGAUUUCUGCCGGCAGAAGACUUUCAUGGUGGAAAUGUAUGCUAAUUUGGAUUGUGAUAUAACUUGCAGCAAUGUCUUUGAAGACCUUGCCAAUUUGCUGUCAAAGAGUGCAUUUCCUGUGAAUUGCCCUUUGUCUUCAAUGCAUAUUCUUGCUUUGGAUGGUCUCAUUGCCGUCAUCCAGGGAAUGGCUGAAAGGAUUGCGAAUGGAUCUCUUAGCUCAGAACAAGCUCCAGUUGCUCUAGACGAGUAUACUCCAUUUUGGCUGGUCAAAUGUGAUGACUAUGGAGAUCCAAAUCAUUGGGUUCCGUUCGUCCGCCGGAGGAAGUAUAUUAAGAGGAGGUUGAUGAUUGGAGCAGAUCACUUCAAUCGUGACCCAAAAAAGGGGCUAGAGUUCCUGCAAGGAACACAUCUCUUACCUGACAAACUUGAUCCACAAAGUGUAGCUUGCUUCUUUAGGUACACUGCUGGGUUGGAUAAGAAUCUUGUUGGGGAUUUUCUUGGAAACCAUGAUGAAUUUUGUGUUCAGGUUCUUCAUGAAUUUGCUGGGACCUUUGAUUUCCAAGACAUGAAUCUAGAUACUGCACUAAGGUUGUUUUUGGAGACUUUCCGACUGCCUGGAGAAUCACAGAAGAUUCAGAGAGUCCUUGAGGCAUUUUCAGAGAGAUAUUAUGAGCAGUCUCCACAAAUUUUGGUUAACAAGGAUGCUGCUCUUUUGUUGUCGUACUCUCUCAUAAUGCUCAACACAGACCAGCAUAAUGUACAGGUAAAGAAAAAGAUGACCGAGGAGGAUUUUAUUCGGAAUAAUAGACAUAUCAAUGGAGGCAGUGAUCUACCUCGAGAUUUUUUGACAGAGCUUUACCACUCCAUUUGCAAAAAUGAAAUUCGCACCACUCCGGAACAAGGUGCUGGUUAUCCUGAAAUGAACCCGAGUCGUUGGAUUGACUUGAUGCAUAAAUCAAAGAGAACUGCCCCAUUCAUUAUUUCUGAUUCUAGAGCAUAUCUUGAUCAUGACAUGUUUGCUAUAAUGUCUGGUCCGACCAUUGCUGCAAUCUCUGUGGUGUUUGAUCAUGCAGAACAUGAAGAGGUUUACCAGACAUGCAUUGAUGGUUUCUUGGCUGUUGCCAAGAUAUCAGCAUGCCAUCAUCUUGAAGAUGUGCUGGAUGAUCUGGUUGUUUCUCUUUGCAAAUUCACAACCCUUUUAAAUCCUUCGUCCGUUGAGGAACCUGUGUUAGCAUUUGGUGAUGACGCUAAAGCAAGGAUGGCAACAAUAACAGUUUUCACCAUUGCAAAUAGAUAUGGUGAUUAUAUCCGCACUGGUUGGAGAAACAUCCUGGAUUGCAUCUUAAGAUUACACAAGCUUGGUCUUCUUCCUGCUCGUGUGGCAAGUGAUGCGGCUGAUGAGACAGAGGUUUCUGCUGAACCUGGACAUGGUAAGCCGGUCGCAAAUUCUUUAGCUGCAGCUCAUAUGCCUUCCAUGGGAACUCCAAGGAGAUCUUCUGGAUUAAUGGGUAGGUUCAGUCAGCUUUUAUCUCUUGAUACAGAAGAGCCAAGAUCACAGCCCACUGAGCAACAACUUGCUGCUCAUCAGCGCACACUUCAGACAAUUCAAAAGUGCCACAUAGACAGCAUAUUCACGGAGAGUAAGUUUCUGCAAGCUGAAUCACUAUUGCAGCUGGCACGGGCUCUUAUUUGGGCUGCUGGGCGGCCCCAGAAAGGGAAUAGCUCACCUGAGGAUGAAGAUACUGCUGUUUUCUGCCUAGAGUUAUUGAUUGCAAUCACUUUGAAUAAUCGAGACCGAAUUGUGCUCCUAUGGCAGGGUGUCUAUGAGCAUAUUGCUAACAUAGUUCAGUCGACUGUCAUGCCCUGUGCCUUGGUAGAGAAGGCUGUGUUUGGACUUCUUAAGAUUUGUCAGCGCCUGCUUCCUUACAAGGAGAACCUGGCUGAUGAACUUUUGAGGUCUAUGCAACUUGUCUUGAAGCUUGAUGCUCGGGUUGCGGAUGCCUAUUGCGAGCAGAUUACUCAAGAAGUUAGUCGCCUGGUGAAAGCUAACGCCACUCACAUCAGGUCACAAAUGGGAUGGCGGACCAUCACGUCCCUUCUUUCUAUAACAGCUCGUCAUCCAGAGGCUUCUGAAGCAGGAUUUGAUGCACUGUUGUUUAUCAUGUCAGAUGGGGCUCAUUUAUUGCCAGCAAAUUACGUUUUGUGUGUAGAUGCAUCCAGGCAGUUUGCCGAAUCUCGUGUUGGACAGGCAGAACGUUCUGUUCGCGCACUGGAUCUCAUGGGAGGUUCGGUUGAUUCUCUAGCACGGUGGGCUUGUGAAGCUAGGGAAGCAAUGCCAGAGGACGAAGUCGCCAAAAUGUCUGAGGAUAUAGGGGAAAUGUGGUUGAGGCUCGUACAGGGAUUGAGAAAAGUCUGCUUGGACCAAAGAGAAGAUGUCAGAAAUCAUGCACUUUUGUCACUGCAAAGAUGCUUGACAGGAGUAGAUGGGAUUCAACUUCCGCAUAUUCUAUGGUCACAGUGUUUCGAUGUGGUCAUCUUUACAAUGCUUGAUGAUUUGCUGGAAAUUGCUCAGGGACAAUCCCAGAAAGACUAUCGAAACAUGGAAGGCACACUUAUCCUUGCAAUGAAGCUUCUCUCAAAAGUAUUUCUACAAUUGCUUCAUGACCUCUUGCAGUUGACAACUUUCUGCAAAUUGUGGCUGGGUGUGCUCAGCCGAAUGGAAAAGUACAUGAAGGUGAAAGUUCGCAGUAAGAAAAGUGAGAAGCUUCAGGAGCUAGUGCCUGAGCUCCUCAAGAAUACUCUACUUGUGAUGAAGACAAGGGGUGUCCUUGUGCAGCGGAGUGCCUUAGGAGGGGAUAGCUUGUGGGAACUAACAUGGCUACAUGUGAAUAACAUUGCUCCGUCAUUACAAUCUGAGGUAUUCCCCGAUCAAGAAUUACAGCAACCUGAAACUCAGGGAAAUCAGGUAUCUGAGGAGACUGUUUCUGCUCAUUCAAAUGAGUCAUUGGCCAGCAAUGGUAGUUAGCAUUUAGUGCACUGAAGAAUAUAAUAUGGUUUGGAUACGAGUCAGAAAGGCUGUGACUCUUGGCUGUGAUUAAUUUUGUGGAGCUGCCAUACGUAUAUUGAAUGGAAAAGAUGAACCUGAGAUUUUUGCAUUCUCAUUCUUAGAUAUGCAGCAACGUCGCUUAAUUGACACUUACCCUGUUCUUCUUGGGUUUGUGUCUUUUACUCACUAUUGCUUCCGUUGCAACAAUUUUCAUGUUUAUUUUCAAGAUGCAAUGCUCUGUUUCUUGGGGCAUAGUUCUGCUGGGGAAGGACUCUUGGGAGUUACACUCGUUCUCUGUCCAGAAACGCAAGCAUACCCAUCCAAGCAUGUGUCAGUUGAUUUAUUCAGAACCAGGGAUGUUGUUAGCUAAGGAUAAUAUCGUCACUUUGUUAGUUCAGCUCCUUUUAGAAGGCUCCGGAAAUGCGUUUUCCGUUCUUCAUGAUCUUUUGUAGAGCGAGUGAUAUACAUAGUGGAUCUGGUUAUGGGGGUUAUAAGACUAUGCCUGCUCACGCAGUCAACUUGUUUUGUACUGCGACUUGUAAAGAAAUCUUAGUACUACUGCUUUGAAUUUUUGGCCA